AAGACAACUGCACUAUCAAGACAAGAAGUUUGUUUGCCCAGGGGUCUAAUGGUCUUGGAUAUGGAAUGAAAAAGCAAUGUUGUUGCAAGGUAGCACUUUCUCUAAGGCACCUGGGUAGUGAAGUGACGUCUCUCUCCUCAGUGGUGUCUGGUGGGCGGAUUUGGCUGUCCUGGCAUGCCGGCACUGGUGGCGGAUAGCCUCGGAUACCUCAGUCCCCGCACUCUAGGUGACGGCACGCAGGGAGACUUCAGCCACUGGCACUCCGGUGCGAGUGGGGACCAAUAGUGCUGACUGGUGCACUGCAGCAAUUUUGGGGUAUAUAACGCCGGGAAGUGCCACUUAGCGGGAAGAAAAACCUAUGGGCUAUGUCUGUUGCGAGUGGCACCCCCAGAUAAAAUCCCAAUUUUCUUUGUGCCCGUCAGUCGGUUACUCACUAGGUACUGCCAGGUUGGCUGAGAGUUGUGACUGUUUGUGUGGUCGCCCUGAGUGGCGUGUAGGGCAAGGGAUCUGAGGGGUCUGCCGCUGUGUGUCCAGAAAGGCCGGAAAGUUGGACCUGCUUUACGAGGACCCACCUGGAGGCCCUCACUUCACGCCCAGGUCUAUUAAAUGAGGUACAGCGCCUACUGAGUUGCUAUAGGCGGAAAGAGAAGUAGAAACACUCCUUGUGCUUUUCUCUCUCGCCCCCCAGUGCGCCAGCAGCAUGUCCAGAUCAUCCAGUCCUGCCACCCACUGGGACCAGCUAGGGCCUGGCUGAGCGCAAUGACGGAGGCCCUCCUGCCCGAGGCGACCAGGGACCUACUGGACUGGACCCGUGAGCAGCUGGAUGACGACUUGAACCGGCUGAUGGCCUACGAUCCAGUACAGAGCUACACCCACAAGGAGCUGGUCAAGAUCAUCGGGGCCCUUGCCCACAACCUCAUCGCCCAGGUGAAGCUGAGCGACGGAAACGUUACCCUCCUGGAGCAAGACACAGUAGCACUAAAGCUUCAGGCUGAGGAGGCUCUUAGGAACCAGGCAGACGCCCAGAAUCGCCUAGAUCAACUGACCCUGGAGGCCCAGAAGCCAGCAACGGAGGAGUGGCACGUAGAGCUAAAGGAGGAGGUGGAAAGGCUACAGGAAACUUUGACCGACCUCCGUACAGACACCGAGCGCAGAGAACGAUUGGAAAAACAGGCCCGCGAGGACCUGGAAUGCAAGCUCCAAGAAGCAGAGACUCUUUUAAAACGAGCUGAAACCGAACUGAAAGAGAGAGAGAGAGGCAAAAGCCAAAGCUUCCGAAAGACACUUUCAAGCAGCCCGAGCUGAAGUCCAAGCCUUGGCUCAGCAACAAGACCAGCUCAAAGCUGAAUUUGAUACAGUGCAAAGAGAACUGAAGUACGCCUAUCACUUCCAGGCUGAACAAAGGGGGGGAAAGACACCACUGAAUCUCCCCCGACAAGUUGGAACAGACUUCCCAGCCAAGCAAGGUCCAAGAAAGAAGAAGCUGGUAACCCGCUGUUUAAAGCAUCACCCGCCAGUGUCCUAGAGCCUCUAACCGCCAUUGAGGGAUGGGAGCGUCUCCACAGAACCCCUACAACGACCCACGGCAUGGCUCCCAAGGACCUUGACAAGCUGGCCAGAAAUAUCCCCAUGUUUACCCCAAACCCUGCAGGAGGACACGAUGUACAUGCCUACCUGCAGGAUAUUGACUUUCAUUUGGAAACCAUGGUAAAUGUUUCCACCAGAGACAGACUGUAUUUGCUCAGGAUUAACUAACGCCGCGAGGUGCGCAGCUUCCUGGACCGGCAGUCAGACACUGUAAAAAGGGAUUACAAGCAACUGCAGCAGGUUCUAAUAAAGGAGUUUUCAUACCCAGAGUCUGAGCAGGGACUGGUUGCUGCCAUGGACCUCAAACAGGGCCAUUUCGAAACCCCACUGGCUUAUUAUAAUAGACUGAGACAAACCUACUUUGGGGCCAGAAACGAGCCAGAAAUGGAGGAGGAUUUUAACUUUAGAACUCUUUUCCUGCGUAACUUGCAUCCUAGUGUGAGUCAUCACUUAGGAGUUAUGGCAUGCCCCCGCACCAUGACCACUCAACAGCUGCCGGACAUGGCCCAUAAGGCCUAUGUUAAGCACAAGACUACCUCUGAAAAGACUGUUAAAAAUCCUGUUAUUUUCCCUGUCUCUGAACACUACCCAGCGCUGACUCUAGAGGGCGCCAAACCGCAUCACAAUGCUAGGCCUGGCAACAGAGAGACAAGGGACUUUACUGCCACUGAAUGGUAUGACUACUCGGGUGCUCGAGCCAAGCAUCCGACAGGGCACCCCGAGAGGCCCAGGGGCAGACCCCGCUGGUCAGACGACCCAAGGGACAGUGCUGCAUGGGAAACUAAUCGCCGACCUAGGCGUCACCGACCCACGCCAGCAGGCACAACCAGCCCAAACAGUCAUCGGAGGAAUGCACCUCAACGCCCCCGUGACAAGUCCAAGUCUCACCUGACCUCAGAGUCGGCAGAGAUCCUGAAGAUAUUAAAGGAGUUGAUUCAAAAAGGGCCUAACAAGCCAUACGAAAAGGAUAUGUCAGACUCCUCACGACUACGAGUGGCGGAAAUCAACAAACCUUCAGAAUGCCCUCCUCCUAAAGACAAUCCCCAGACCUCUGCCAACGCCCCCAUAAACUCUGAGCCAACCUCCCGGACACCAAAGUAUUCGGGAGUCCAAAAUGCACCCCAGCUGACGGCUGAUCACCCAGAACAAACCAAAACACUCCAGCCCAUCAUCGAUCAAGAGCCCAAGGUACCCGAAAGUGCUGUGCUAGUUGUCUGUCUCCGAACCGAACAACCGGAAAUCAGCCCUAACUGCUUGUCAGUCACCACACAGGCCCCCGUACCAAGUCUCCUGGGAAACCUGAUCGAGAAAGGAGUGGCCAGGAAACUUUAUCUAGCCAUCACCUUGGAACAUGAGGUGAGAUUAGAGGCCCUUGUUGACACCGGAGCUGACCUCACGCUGAUGUCAUCCCAGUUGUUUCACAGACUCUCGGAAGAAGCUAAGAGACAGAAUCGGACUCUCAAGCCACAGAGAUGUGUAUUGAACAUGCAGUCAUACAGCCAAACUGAGGUCCGACUAGAACAAAUAACCCCCAUACACCUGACCAUCGGUCCCAUGAGUCUGGUACACCCUGUGUACAUCUCACCAAUGGUCACCUAUCCUCUCCUCAUUGGCAAAGAUUUGCUAGAUCGCUUUGAGCUCCUGAUGGACUUUAAACAGCUAAAAAUCUGGGCUCAAGUGCGAGAACCACUGCCUUCCCAAUCAACCAACCCAGUUGAAGUGCGCUGCCAGGUCACAGAGGUCAGCGACCAACCCCCAGCCGGUCACAAGAACACAGACUCAAGGCCGGCCCCAAGUUCAGGGACACCACUCUGCACCUUGCAACCAGCCAAGGACCCAGACAGCUACUGCCCUCGGGUCAAGGAAGCCAUACACCUGAACAACAUGGCAAUAACAGACACUGUUUUGGCACUAUGGGUAGACAAUUCAGCCAUCAGCCCCACACUGUUCUAUGCUCUCACUACGAACACACCGGACAUUCCUUUUGUUGUAAAGAGCACACGAUUCUCAUUGGGCUCCUACCUGUCAACCAUGGUAACGGCCAUAGGCGUCUGCGCUUUGAACUUGAAAUGGAAUGGCCGGUCCUUAACCCACUACUUUCUGGUUCUUCAGGACUCACCACAUGACAUCUACAUUGGGGCAGACAUCCUAGUUCAUCUCCAAGUUCACAUAGAUACUAUCAAUGAUGUGGUGUGGGCCCCAUUGACUGCACAACCCCCUGUGGACCUCGUCAACCACAUACACCUGGCAUCAGGUCAGACCAUCCCAGAAGUCUGUAUCCUGGUGAAUGAAGUUGAAACUGCAGUACCUGCUUACACCAAAGGGGUCACUGUGCGGCUCAACAUGUGGCGUGGCCAAACCCUCAACCACACCCUAGCCUACUUCCAGCCAUCAGUGGAAUGUGUGGAGCUUGGCCUCACCCCGGAAGCCACACCCCUAACUGAAGUUACAUCCCGUGCAGUUCACAUCCUGUUCAACAACUGCACAGCUACACCUAUUAAGCUUCCUAAGGGCUACCGUGUGGGAUGGUUAAUGAGCCAAGAUUUCCAUGACCUUUAACUCACCAUA